GGCUCAUCGAAAGGGAGAAUAGACUAUAUUCCAUUUGGCCCUUAAUCGAUCAUGGCUCAAGAGCGACCUGUAGUUUUUUUCGAUAUCUCCAUUGGCGAUGUCCCCGUCGGCCGAAUGAAGAUGGAACUGUUCUCAGAUAUUGUUCCCAAAACAGCCGAGAAUUUCAGACAAUUAUGCACAGGAGAAUACAAACGCAAUGGUGUGCCUCAAGGCUACAAAAAUUGUGUGUUCCACAGAGUUAUCAAAGAUUUCAUGGUUCAAGGCGGUGAUUUCAUCAAGGGUGACGGCACAGGGUCUAUGAGCAUUUACGGUGACAAAUUCGAGGACGAAAACUUUGAGAUGAAGCAUACUGGCGCCGGUUUAUUAUCGAUGGCAAAUUCUGGACCCAACACCAAUGGAUGUCAGUUUUUCAUUACAUGCGAUAACUGUGAGUUCUUGGAUGGAAAACACGUAGUCUUUGGUCGUUUAGUGGACGGAUUGUUGACCUUGCGUAAAAUUGAAAAUGUGUCGACCGGUCCCAACAACCGUCCAAAGUUGUCUGUCAAGAUCACAGAAUGCGGGCAAAUGUAAUAAACAAGUAUCGUCAAGAUCAAUCUGGGUAUCGAUUGUAUAAAUGCAACCAAAAAGAAGAAAAAAGCCUGAAAUGCUGAGCAAAGCCUUUUCUGCUAUGAUAGAAAGAAAAAUAAACAUAUG